AUGUCUUCGAAUAAUACAGUACACUCGUGUCAACAAGACAAUGAACAGGGAAUACCGAUCAUUGAUAGACAUCCACCUAAACGGUUAAGACGUGUAGUGUUCGAAUUAGCUCCAUACAAACAGGCGAAUUUUGAAGAAGAUGGACACAAAUCGCAUUUGUCUUACCAAUGCAGCCAGUUCUAUCAUGAGAAAGGCAUCGUACUAAUACCACUCUUUCCAAAUGCUACUCAUUUACUGCAACUACUUGACGUUGCCGUUUUUAAACCUUUGAAGGUGGCUUGGAGGAAGCGAGUACACAUGUGGAGGAUUGAAAAAAUUCAAAGCGAGGAGGGGCACGCUCUAAAGAAGAAAGACUUCGCCAUAUUACUUAAGGAGGUGAUGGAAGAAAGCUUAACCCUAUUAUACCAGUGA